AUUGCCCGGAGUAGGGUAAGUAGUGUGGGGGAGGGGGCAACGGGCAACCUCCUACGUAACGUGUUUCCCGAUCUAAUCAUCUAACUAGUAACUCACUAACUCUCCUUGCCGACAACAUCCCUACGAAAACGAUUCGUUUCUCAUUUCUAAUUUCCAUUUUUUUGUUUUCUCAGAAAAAAAAAAAUAAUCAAAGCAAUUUCUACUCAUCUUCUCCCUUUCUUUCUCUAUCCUACAUUGUCCGGUUUCAUUCCUCUCCUUUAAUGACUGCGCGCCUGAUUCCUCCCUGUCUCCUCUCCUUUGUUCUUCCAUUUUUCAACACUCUCUUCUGGAAAUUUUUAUGUCUUCGGAUGUCAGCUAGCGAUUCUACCAGUCAACCACUGGGGUUGAAGUUGAACUAGUAAAGGAGCACAUUUCGGUUCGGUUUCAAGAGAUCUCUGCGUACUGUUUACUCCGGCAUGGCUUUGAAGCGGGGCUCCUCCGGUGCCGGCUUUCAGAGGAAUAGAGGCGGUGGCUCUCGCUUGCCUAUCGCAAUUCUCCUUUUUUUCUCGGUCCUCGCGCCAAUGCUUUUCCUUGUUGGACGAGGAAUUCGCACGACCACCCUGACUGAUCAAAACAAUAUUCAAAGUGACUCUAGCAUACGGAAGGUGGAUUGGAGAGAACAGUUGGCCAUAAAUGUAAAAUCCAUUUUUUCAAAAGAGGUGAUUGAUACCAUUAUGGCAAACACCAAUGACAUGGAUCCAUGGAGUCUUGAUUUUGUUAGAAAAAACUACAUAUCUUCAUGGAAAGUUGUUGGAUCAAAGAACUUUGACCAGAAUAAUGCUACGAAUGAAGAGACAAAACAACCAGUUGCAGUUGUAGAACGAGGGACUCCCCAAGUGAAACAGGAUGCCGUUGCUACAGAUGACCAUUCUCAAUUUGUUGAUACACCUGCAAAAAUAGCACGUCGGAAAUUGAGGGAGAAGAGGCGUGUUAAGCGGGCAACUGAGUUGAUCCACCAGGAUGAUGAAGCUAAUCUUAAACUAGAAAAUGCUGCCAUUGAACGCUCAAAAGCACUUGACACGGCAGUUUUGGGGAAAUACAGCAUAUGGAGACGGGAUAUUGAGAAUGAGAAUGCUGACACAACUGUACGCUUGAUGAGAGAUCAAAUGAUCAUGGCUAGGGUGUAUUCAGGCAUUGCAAAAAUGAAGAACAAGCUCGAACUAGAUCAUGAACUACUGGUUCGGCUUAAAGAAAGCCAACGAGCUCUGGGAGAGGCAACUACUGAUGCAGAUCUUAGUAGCAGUGCACCUGAGAAAAUCAAAGCCAUGGGUCAAGUCCUGGCAAAAGCAAGAGAGGAGCUUUAUGACUGCAAGUUGGUUACUAGAAAGCUAAGAGCAAUGCUUCAGUCAGCAGAUGAACAGGUCCGAAGCUUAAAAAAGCAGAGCACAUUCCUCAGCCAAUUAGCUGCAAAGACAAUUCCAAAUGGAAUUCACUGUCUAUCUAUGCGCUUAACCAUAGGCUACUAUCUUCUCCCACCAGAGAAAAGAAAGUUUCCGAAGAGUGAAAAUUUGGAAGAUCCAAAUCUGUAUCAUUAUGCCCUUUUCUCUGAUAAUGUCUUGGCUGCUUCAGUUGUUGUCAAUUCAACAGUCACAAAUGCCAAGGAACCGGAGAAGCACGUAUUCCAUCUGGUUACCGAUAAAUUGAACUUUGGAGCCAUGAAUAUGUGGUUUCUGUUAAACCCACCUGGAAAGGCCACUAUCCAUGUGGAAAAUGUUGAUGAAUUCAAAUGGCUGAACUCAUCCUACUGCCCAGUUCUGCGUCAACUCGAAUCUGCUGCCAUGAAAGAAUACUAUUUCAAGGCAGAUCAUCCCACAACUCUCUCAGCUGGUUCUUCUAAUUUGAAAUACAGGAACCCAAAGUAUCUUUCAAUGCUGAACCACCUUAGGUUUUACCUUCCACAGGUUUACCCCAAGUUGGAUAAGAUUCUGUUUCUUGAUGACGACAUUGUUGUUCAGAAAGAUUUGACAGGUUUAUGGUCUGUGGAUCUUCAUGGAAAAGUAAAUGGUGCAGUCGAGACCUGUGGGGAGAGUUUCCACAGGUUUGACAAGUAUCUCAAUUUCUCCAACCCCCAUAUUGCAAGGAACUUUAAUCCAAAUGCAUGCGGUUGGGCAUAUGGGAUGAAUAUAUUUGAUCUGAAGGAGUGGAAAAAGAGAGAUAUAACUGGGAUCUAUCAUAAGUGGCAGAACAUGAACGAAGAGAGGGUGCUGUGGAAACUUGGAACAUUACCUCCUGGGCUGAUUACAUUCUACGGGCUGACACAUCCACUGCAAAAGUCCUGGCAUGUGCUUGGGUUAGGGUAUAACCCAAGCAUUGAUCGGUCGGAGAUUGAGAAUGCAGCAGUUAUCCACUACAAUGGUAACAUGAAGCCAUGGCUGGAGAUAGCAAUGACCAAAUACAGGCCAUAUUGGACCAGGUAUAUUAAGUAUGACCAUCCCUACCUUCGCAACUGCAACCUUAGUGAAUGAACAAAGCAUGUGAAGGGAGGCACAUGGGUACAGCCAAAUAUGCGGCGGAUAUGGUCUUAUCUGCUACCCCACCAAGAAGAUCAACCUGAAUUUAUUUAAGCAAUGAGAAGGGUGGACUCAACAAUUCUAUGCUGCAAUUCUUGUUCACCGUCCCAACAAUUGGUUAUUGUUUCAUCUUGAUUAAUUUCCUAUUGCGUACUGAUGUGUUUGUCUCCUCCCUUUGGAGCAAGGUUACAAACUCUAAUGUGGCUUGUUCGUACGUUGAACGCCAUUGUGUAUUUGGUGGGGGUUGAGUUGGAUUUGUGGCAGGAAGAGGGUUACUGUUGUUAUAUCUUGGGGAUUUGAGUGCAGUUCUCUUUAAUUUAUGGGAAAAAAAAUUAGCUGCUUUAUAAAAUGUAGGAACGUAAAUUUGUUGGGUCGGGGUGGGGGAGGAGCAUCUAGAAUUGCCUUGUUUUUUUCCCCUUCUUUUCCUUUUUUAAAUUUAAAGCUAUCAGUGUUUAUCUAAUAACCUGGGAAAAGGAUGUAUGGAUACUCGAAUGAAACCAAUCUGAUUAUCUUGAGGCAUUGUUGUUCGAUC